AUGGAGCGCCUCUCUUUGAACGAAAACCCUCCCAAUGCGCCGCAGCAGCGCCAGCCGCAGCAGCAGAAUACCCUGGGGCCUGCCAGCCAACCCACCUCGGGCCCGCCCCAACUUCCACCCCAGAUGUUCACAACUGCCGCCCAAUUGCUGGAUUUGACUGACAAGAAGCUCGUGCUUGUGCUGCGCGAUGGAAGGAAACUCAUCGGUGUGCUCCGAAGCUGGGAUCAAUUCGCAAACCUUGUCCUGCAAGAUACCGUUGAGCGUAUCUAUGCCGGUAAACUAUAUGCUGACGUUCCCCGUGGCAUCUUCCUUGUGCGUGGUGAGAACGUGCUCUUGCUGGGCGAAGUGGACCUUGACCGCGAGGACGAAAUUCCCACUAGCGUGACCAAGGCUCCGUUCGAAGAAGUCUUCGAGCUCAAGAAGAAGGAGGACAGCCAACGCAAGGCCGGCGACAAGAAGAGACACCGCGAGCUUUCGGCCCUUGGAUUCGAGCCGGAGCAUAGCGGUGAGAUACUCUUCUAG